CAAAAUUAUGGCUGACAAAGCUGACAUACCCAAUCCAGCAACAUUACCUAUGCCACGAUGCAACAUUUCUAUGGAACUAUCAUCAAGAUUAAAUUCAUUCAGUUAUCAAAUAUCAAGACCAGAUUCUAGUCAUAGUUUCGACUCGUCCUUAUGUUAUCCAGUCAGUUUCAAUGAGAGAGUUUUAUCAUAUGGAGAUUUCCCUAAGACGCUUCAACUCAAACCUAUCCAGUUUGCAAAAAGUGGAUUCAUUUACAAUAAUAUAUCAAAACACUUCACAUGUACUGGAUGCAACAAGUUAGCAGACAUAAGCACAUUCAAACCCACUGACAAACCUAAUGAUCCUCGUUUCCAUAUGGAAGGCUGUCAAUUUGUGAGAGUACGUUUUGUAAAAAGUUCUCCCCGAUCCUCAUGUCAGCCAAUAAGUCUCCUUGAUUACUGUUCAUCAUUUGAAGAUUUCCCCGAGACACUUCAACUCAACCUAUGUACUGGAUGCAACAAGGUAGCAGACAUAAGCACAUUCAAUCCCACUGACAAACCUAGUGAUCCUUGGUUUCAUAUGGAAGGCUGUCAAUUUGUGAAAACGCAUCCUGUGAAAAGUUCUCCCCCAUUAUCAGAUGCACUACAAUUGCAGAGUGGAAAUAAUACAGAAUCUGUGCAAAGCAAUAAAGAAUCACCGAUUCCCUGCGAUUCUCAAUUCAGACCUGUUUUCCUAAGACUGCCAAGUAUGCACGAAAAAUUUGCAAACUUCAAUAGCUCGGAAAUAUUUAGCGAUGACAAUAAAGUUGCCGAAAAUGAAUUAUCAGUUAAAGAUGAAGAAGUUGGAGAGACACUGUUACAAUACAGAGGAAUAACUCCAAGAAUAGCAUCUCCACAAAGAUACCACCCAUUUUUUCCAAGAACGUUCCCAUCUCCAUCACUGGAUGUCAAUGGACCUGUAUCUGCUCCAACACUACCAGAAUAUGCACCGCUCACAUUUUCUAAUUUGACAUGGCCAGUGCAACAGUCAGCUGCGGAAAUUUCUAAUCUAAAGUUGGAACUUCCCUGUGAGAAUCCGAACAACCCAAGUAUGCGUGAAGAGCACAUAAGACUUCAAACAUUCACAAACAACCCCAACUUUAGGAGAAAUACUCCAUUGAGAGCAAGUGAUACAACAUUGGCUCAGGCUGGAUUGUACUAUUUGGGCGAUGGGGACAAAUGCAAAUGCUGGUUCUGUGGGGGAGGUUUAAUGAAUUUUGAAGAAGGAGACGACCCUUGGUUUGAGCACGCAAAAUUUUAUCCCAACUGUGAAUUUCUUUUACAACAAAGAGGACCAGCGUGGUUGACAUCAGUUUCAAUACAAAACCCCAACAUUCUGCGUCCUAAUUUACCAGAUCAAACUCUACAAGUUAUACCCAAUGUAGUUACACAACCCCUCGCUCACCCCCCUGAACCCCAUAUAGAUGACCCUGUUCAAAUUCAUCGAUUGAGAGAGAAAAUGUUACAAGCAGGAAUGCGGUCUGAACCGGGUCAAGCUGCCCGCGCAAUUGGAUUCAGUGAUGAGAAAAUUAAAGAUAUGCAAAGAAGAUACAUUGCGAAAAAUGGCUGUUGUUACGAGUCAAGUGAAGCAUUGAUCGAUGCUUUACUUGGAUAUCACCAAGCCGCAGACAGUGCCGAGAGUUUAGAAGGAGCUGUAGGUGGAGUAGAGAAUGAGAUACCCAUGGACAUUCAGAUGCUACGCUCCAUUGGGCCAUGUUCACCAAUUAACAACUCGAGUCAUUCUACCGCACAUUCAUCAAACCCAGGGAACAUGAUGAUCAAUGGACAAUCAUUUGAUGAAAUCAUGGCAAAUGCUGUCGACAAUCCAUUCUUCGGAGGUGAGAUGUACCAUUUGAGGAAUAACGCACCGGCAGUGCAUUUCCCGCAACCGCAGACACACAUGCCAUAUAAUAACAUGAGAUCAUCACUGCCUGGAACAGCUACAAAUUUUCAAGGAGGGGCUUUUCGAGUUGAAGAAAGAAUCAGUUCUGUUCAUGGAGAAUCUUCCAGAAACCAAGAUUCACAUGGCGGUCUUCUCCAUGAAUUUAUGGAUUCUGACAGUUCAGAUUCGGAAUCUACUUCCAUUUCAAGCGGUUAUGGUUCUUCAGAAGAAUCUUUCAAAACAAUGAGUAACUCAAAGUACAGGAUGCAACAGCAGGUAGAGAUACCCAAUCAUACGAAUUGUUCUGCUACGUCUACUACUUCGUUGCUGACUGCACAAGAACCGACUACAACAACAAAGGCGUCUGCAGAAGAGAGACUACAAGAGCUAGAAAGAGAGAGGAGAUGCAAGAUAUGUCUGACAGAGGAAGCCGUAAUAUUAUUUAUACCAUGUGGCCAUAUCUGCGCUUGUGUUGGUUGCGCUGAGAGAGUUAAAUUCUGUCCCGUGUGUAGAACUGCAAUUGAUAAAUCGUUUCGAACCUUCCGCGCCUGAUUCAGUAUGCCAAAUUGAGUAUCAAAGUCUUUAAAAUACUAUUGAAAUAUGGUCCCUAGUGGGGAUAUCCUAACCCAGUGUUUAACUACGGGAGGACCUUUUUAACUAGGGGAGGACCCCAACCUCUUCGGAUACCAUUGAAAUUUGUUAUAUUAUCUCGAUGCAUGAAUAUUCAAUGAAAUUGGGUCCCCAGGGAGGGGGGGGGGGUAUUUCCAGAUGCUGGGAUUUCCCGACCUCUUCGAAAACCAUUGAAAAUUGUUAUAUUUUCUCGAUGCAUAAAUA